CACGUACGUACACAGAUCCACAUUAAUUGCACAUGCAAAUACACACACACACACACACACACAUUAAUGCACACAGACGCUCCAUCAGCGCUGGAGCCAGACGCGGAACGUCCUUGUCCGAUGAGAGCGAUCAAUGAGCAAGGAGGAGGGAGGGAGAGGAGGGCUAAGAAGCAAAAAGACGGAUCUGUGCUGGGAGGGGGCGAUGGUGAAGGCGGAAGAUGAUGAUGAGGAUGAGGGGCCGGCGGGCGGGGGGUGGGCAGCUCCUCCCAUAAGCAAGUUAUUGAGCGGGGCUGUGAAGGUCUGUGAUGUUGACGGGGUAAAGGCAGUCUUCAGACGGCAGCGAGCGCUCUCAAUCGCCCCUCGUCGGAACCGAACCAGCCCAGGAGGGGAGGAAAAGCUUCCCGGCCGCGCCUUUGACGGCUUAGGACCUCGUCUUCUCUGCGGACGCCGCCAUCAUGUGCGACUGUUUCCACCUCGCCUUCCCUAACUGGCACGGCGCGCCCGCCGGCACAGGAGCUGAACGCAGGCUGAGAGCGCCAGACCUCAGCUCGGAGGACCGCUCAGCAUGUGAUGAGCCAUCUCAGUUCACCGAAGGCGAGAGACCACGCCCGCAGGGUUCGUCCCCCGUGGAAGAUCACCCAGAGACGGAGAAAUAUAGCGACAGUGACAAGGAGGAGGAUGACCCACACCACAAGAGAGGGAGUCGAAAGAAGGGUAAAAAGUCUGCCUUUGGUUGUGGCUUUGACCGCCGUUCGACUCCAAAGAUGAGUAAACUGAAGGAAGCUUAUAGCCCAGAGUCAGGGAUGAUAGUGAAAACAGCCAAAGAUGGCGGCGCAGAAGGUCUUGUCUAUGGUGGAGGAGGCAAAGAGGGCAUCUUCAUUAAAGAAGUUGUACCAGAGUCACCUGCCUCCAAAAGUCUACAGCUGAAAGAAGGCGAUCAGCUUCUGAGCGCCACAGUGUAUUUUGACAACGUGUCAUAUCAGGACGCCAUUCAGAUUCUGGAGCAUGCUCAGGCUUACAAAGUGAAGCUCUGCCUAAAACGCAAGCCCGACAUCACGGAGACGGAACCCCUCGCUGAGUCUGACAUCAUCCCUGAGGAUGAAACAUUCACUCCAGAGAUGCGAGAACAUGGGAAAUCCAAGAGACGAGGUGAUGCACGCAUUUCUUGGCCCAAGUUUCCCUCCCUAGGGAGAGGAAAGAAGUCCCGUUUUGCAAGGUCUCAUAGUUCCUCAGAGGCUGAUGAGCAGAGGAAGUUGGAGCUGAGUCCUCCCACGAGCGACACAGAGUCACCAAUAAAGACGCAAGAUGCCCUUAAAGGCAAGAAACGGCAUAAGAUGAAGCUUCCAUCUCUGACAAAGAGAGGCCGCAUCAGCUCAUCUGAAGAUCAGGACACUGAUGAGCCGACAGCAUGCGCACAAGAAGCUGCAGAACUGAUCUCACCCGAAGGCCUUCAAAGCCCCAUGGAAAGACGUCCUGGAGUGCACAGAAUAGAGCAGGUGGCUCUGGUGGAAGGUUCUGACGCAAGAGUGACAAAACCUCUCGCCAUUCAACACAAGGUGGAACUCAUUGCUAUCGACAGUGCUUUGAAAACCACCGAUCUCACGGUGGCUCUGGCGGGUCAAGAUAGCCCCACCGGACCACUGUCGCCCGAUGGUAAGAAAAAGAAGAAAGAACGGUCGGAAUUGAAAAUGAAAAUGACAGGGAAGGACAAAUCAAACAAGAAAGAGGCAAAUGCAAAAUCACCCAAAAGGCUAAAAACCCUGGGUGCAAGUUUAGAAACAGCUGCCAAGGGGGAUCAGCCCGAGCAUACGUCUCAAACUGAACAAACAUCCCCACUUAAAGGCAAAGGCAAAACUAAAAUAAGAACCCUACUCCCCAAGCGAGAAGACAUUGAAAUCCCUGGUAUGGAGGAUACGGGCAGGACAAAAGUCAAAGGACUCCACGAUGAACUACCAGAAACAGUGCAACUCUCAAUUGAUGUGGACAGCGUGAAAGAGGCCGUUUCGAAAUUGCCUGGAUAUAAAUUACCAAAGGUGGAUAUGUGUGGAGUACUUAUUCCUGAAGAAAUCACAGUGAUCGAUGCCAAUGCUCAAAGAAUAUCAGUAAAAACACCCACAAAAGUCGCUGAUGGCAGAAUGAAACAGGAGGCACCCAUCAGUAAGGCAGAGGACACUUCCACUCCAGAAUUAUCCAAGACUUCGUUCAAGCUCCCAAAGAUCAAACCGAGUGACUUGACUCCAGAAGAAGUUUUAACUGUCACCCAGAUGGACCAAACUACUACAGAGACAACACAAGUGUGUGAACCUGCACUCAACUCAAAAGAAUCUGACAAGAUAUCAAAGACGACCAAGAUAGGUUUGCCAACCAUCGGGUUUUCAAAGGCAGACUUUAGAAUGCCCGACGUUGGAAUGUAUUUCGCAAAGCCAAAUAUUUCUGGGCCAAAGGAUUACACGGGGAAAGGAGAAAGAACUAUAUUCCUACAAGAACAAUUAGGUGACGGCGGCAUCACGUCCGAUGCCAAAAUGUACAAAGCUGAAAGAUCUGCCGUGAGAAGUACUGGUGAACUUAAAUACAUUGAUUCGGAGGAAUCCCCCGUCGAGAGGGAAGUUGAUUUCACGAUACCGGAAAUCACUGGACCACAAGUAAAUGAAAACUUUUUCAAAAAUGAGUUGGAUGUGAAAAAGCCAGAGCCUGAAUCUGAGGCACAACUCAAAGAAGCCUGGGUUGUGGAUUUAGGUCCUGUAAAAGCACAGGCCUCAUCGCAUAAAGAUAAAACACCAGAGGCCAAGGUUGAUAGUCCCAGAAAGGACCUUGCAGUUAACAUUUCUGCACCGAGUGUGGACAUUGAAGGAUCUGUAAUGGACAUGAAGAUAGAUGCUGAGCAGGGUGGAAAAGGAGGCAAGUUUAAAAUGCCACAUCUCAGUUUCUCCAUUCCAAAGGUAAAAGGACGCAAAACAGACUCAGGCUGGUCAAAAAAAGGCUCAGGGGUGACAAUGCCAGAGGCUAAAGUUGCCGUCCAAAUGCCUGACACUCCCAAAAUUUACACAAGUGAAGCGAAAGCUGAAGUCAAACAUGCAAAAACGUCGGAGUCACCAGAAUUAAAAAUUGAAGCCAAAAUUCCAGAACUUGCCACAGAUAUCAAAGUGAAAGGUCCCAAGAGUGAAGCUCAAGCAAGCAGUCUUGAGGAAUCUCCCUCUAAAUUCAAAUUCCCAACAUUGAAAUUACCGAAAUUCGGGAUGGCUUUACCACAGGUUGAUUUGGAAAUGGACAAAGAUGUCAAGGUGGAUCAAGUGAAUGUCAAGUCACCAGAAUUAAAAGCUGAUGCCAAAAUUCCAGAACUUGCCACAGCUAUUGAUGUCAAAGUGAAAAGUCCCAAGAGUGAAGUUCAAGUAAGUAGUCUGGAGGAAUCUCCCUCUCAAUUCAAAUUCCCAACAUUGAAAUUACCGAAAUUCGGGAUGGCUUUACCACAGGUUGAUUUGGAAAUGGACAAAGAUGUCAAGGUGGAUCAAGUGAAUGUCAAGUCACCAGGAUUAAAAGUUGAAGCCAAAAUUCCAGAACUUGCCACAGAUAUUGAUGUCAAAGUGAAAGGUCCCAAGAGUGAAGCUCAAGCAAGCAGUCUUGAGGAAUCUCCCUCUCAAUUCAAAUUCCCAACAUUGAAAUUACCGAAAUUCGGGAUAGCUUUACCACAGGUUGAUUUGGAAAUGGACAAAGAUGUCAAGGUGGAUCAAGUGAAUAUCAAGUCACCAGGAUUAAAAGUUGAAGCCAAAAUUCCAGAACUUGCCACAGCUAUUGAUGUCAAAGUGAAAAGUCCCAAGAGUGAAGCUCAAGCAAGCAGUCUGGAGGAAUCUCCUUCUCAAUUCAAAUUCCCAACAUUGAAAUUACCGAAAUUCGGGAUGGCUUUACCACAGGUCGAUUUGGAAAUGGGCAAACAUGUCAAGGUAGACGUAGCGGGUCUAAAAUCACCAGAAGUAAAGGUUGAGGCUGAAAUUCCUGAGCCUGCCACAGACAUUGAUGUCACAGUGAAGAAGUCUAGAUUCUCAUUUCCCAAAUUCUCAUUAACCAAGCAAAGCAGCAAAGAGUCUGAGGUUGAUAUCGGUCUCCCAGAUAUUGAUGUUUCAAUUCCAGAAGGGAAAAUGCAAAUCACUUCACCUAAAGUCGAGUUUCAACCACCAGAGGUGGAUGUCAAUAUAGAUGGCCCAGAGAGCAAAUUCAAAAUGCCAAAGUUUGGCAUCUCCAUGCCAAAAAUGAAAGGACCCGAUAUUGAUUUCAACUUGUCAAAGAAAGAGGGCGACAUCAAACUACCAGAACCAGAAGUUGAACUCCCGGAUGUUGAUGUUCAACUACCAUCAGUUCAAGUAGAUAUUGAAGCUCGACCAGGGAGUGUUGAAGGAUCGCCCUCCAAGUUCAAAUUGCCAACAAUCAAGUUACCCAAAUUAGGUGUUGCCUUACCACAGGUCAAUGUUGGAGUGCCUGAUAUGGAAACAGAUAUCAAGGUGGACGGAGCGGGUCUAAAAUCACCAGAAGUCAAGGUUGAGGCUGAAAUUCCUGAGCCUGCCACAGAUAUUGAUGUCACAGUGAAGAAGUCUAGAUUCUCAUUCCCCAAAUUCUCACUAACCAAGCAAAGCAGCAAAGAGUCUGAGGUUGAUAUCGGUCUCCCAGAUAUUGAUGUUUCAAUUCCAGAAGGGAAAAUGCAAAUUACUUCACCUAAAGUCGAGUUUCAACCACCAGAAGUGGAUGUCAAUAUUGACGGCCAAGAGAGCAAAUUUAAAAUGCCAAAGUUUGGCAUCUCCAUGCCAAAAAUGAAAGGACCCGACAUUGAUUUCAGCUUGUCAAGGAAAGAGGGAGAGAUCAAACUACCAGAAACUGAAGUAGAACUCCCGGAUGUUGACGUUAACCUACCAUCAGUUCAAGUAGAUAUUGAAGCUCCGAAAAUUGAAGCUCGACCAGGCAGUGUUGAAGGAUCGCCAUCCAAAUUCAAAUUGCCAACAAUCAAAUUACCCAAAUUAGGUGUUGCCUUACCACAGGUCAGUGUUGGAGUGCCUGAUAUGGACACAGACAUCAAGGUAGACGGAGCGGUUCUAAAAUCACCAGAGGUCAAGGUUGAGGCUGAAAUUCCUGAGCCUGCCACAGACAUUGAUGUCACAGUGAAGAAGUCUAGAUUCUCAUUUCCCAAAUUCUCAUUAACCAAGCAAAGCAGCAAAGAGUCUGAGGUUGAUAUCGGUCUUCCAGAUGUUGACGUUUCAAUUCCAGAAGGGAAAAUGCAAAUCACUUCACCUAAAGUCGAGUUUCAACCACCAGAGGUGAAUGUCAAUAUAGAUGGCCCUGAGAGCAAGUUCAAAAUGCCAAAGUUUGGCAUCUCCAUGCCAAAAAUGAAAGGACCCGACAUUGAUUUCAGCUCGUCAAGGAAAGAGGGAGAGAUCAAACUACCAGAAACUGAAGUAGAACUCCCGGAUGUUGAUGUUAAACUACAAUCAGUUCAAGUAGAUAUUGAAGCUCCGAAAAUUGAAGCUCGACCAGGGAGUGUUGAAGGAUCACCAUCCAAGUUCAAAUUGCCAACAAUCAAGUUACCCAAAUUUGGAGUUGCCUUACCACAGGUCAGUGUUGGAGUGCCUGAUAUGGACACAGACAUCAAGGUGGACGGAGCGGGUCUAAAAUCACCAGAAGUCAAGGUUGAGGCUGAAAUUCCUGAGCCUGCCACAGAUAUUGAUGUCACGGUGAAGAAGUCUAGAUUCUCAUUUCCCAAAUUCUCAUUAACCAAGCAAAGCAGCAAAGAGUCUGAGGUUGAUAUCGGUCUUCCAGAUGUUGACGGUUCAAUUCCAGAAGGGAAAAUGCAAAUCACUUCACCUAAAGUUGAGUUUCAACCACCAGAAGUGGAUGUCAAUAUCGACGGCCAAGAGAGCAAAUUUAAAAUGCCAAAGUUUGGCAUCUCCAUGCCAAAAAUGAAAGGACCCGACAUUGAUUUCAGCUUGUCAAGGAAAGAGGGAGAGAUCAAACUACCAGAAACUGAAGUAGAACUCCCGGAUGUUGAUGUUAAACUAACAUCAGUUCAAGUAGAUAUUGAAGCUCCGAAAAUUGAAGCUCGACCAGGGAGUGUUGAAGGAUCGCCAUCCAAAUUCAAAUUGCCAACAAUCAAGUUACCCAAAUUAGGUGUUGCCUUACCACAGGUCAGUGUUGAAGUGCCUGAUAUGGACAGAGACAUCAAGGUCGACGGAACAGGUCUAAAAUCACCAGAAGUCAAGGUUGAGGCUGACAUUCCUGAGCCUGCCACAGAUAUUGAUGUCAAAGUGAAGAAGUCUAGAUUCUCAUUUCCUAAAUUCUCAUUAACCAAGCAAAGCAGCAAAGAAUCUGAAGUUGAUAUCGGUCUCCCAGAUGUUGAUGUUUCAAUUCCAGAAGGGAAAAUGCAAAUGACUUCACCUAAAGUCGAGUUUCAACCACCAGAGGUGGAUCUCAAUAUAGAUGGCCCAGAGAGAAAGUUUAAAAUGCCAAAGUUUGGCAUCUCCGUGCCAAAAAUGAAAGGACCCGACAUUGAUUUCAGCUUGUCAAAUAAGGAGGGAGACAUCAAACUUCCACAAACUGAAGUUGAACUCCCGGAAGUUGACGUUAACCUACCAUCAGUUCAAGUAGAUAUUGAAGCUCCGAAAAUUGAAGCUCGACCAGGCAGUGUUGAAGGAUCGCCAUCCAAAUUCAAAUUGCCAACAAUCAAAUUACCCAAAUUAGGAGUUGCCUUACCUCAGGUCAAUGUUGAAGUACCUGUUAUGGACGCAGACAUCAAGGUAGACGGAGCAGGUCUAAAAUCACCAGAAGUCAAGGUUGAGGCUGAAAUUCCCGACCCUGCCACAGAGCUUGAUGUCAAAGUGAAAAAGUCUAGCUUCUCAUUUCCCAAAUUCUCAUUCACUAAGCAAAGCAGCAAAGAAUCGGAAGUUGAGAUCGGUCUCCCAGAUGUUGAUGUUUCAAUUCCCGAAGGGAAAAUGCAAAUCAUUUCACCUAAAGUGGAGUUUCAACAACCAAAACUGGACGUCAAUGCACAUGGUGACCUUAAACUCCCCGAUUCCAAAAUAACACUACCAUCUGCUGAAGAUGAAAUCGAAGUUACAAAGAUUGAAGGUCCAAAAAGUCGUGUUGAAGGUUCUCCAACAAAAUUCAAAUUACCACCAUUCAAUUUACCAACAUUUGGAGGUUCCCCAUCAAGGGUUGGUGUUGAAGUGCCUUAUGUGGACAAAGACACUGAAAGUGAUGCCAUAAAGCCGGAGAUAUCUGAAGAGGAAGCAAAUCAGGUCCUUUCAACAACCAGCAUUGACAUUGAAGGACAGUCAGUGGAAGUGACAACUCAAGGAGAUGAACUUCAAGGAUCAGGAAUCAAAGUGAAACCAGUCCCAGAUGUUGACGCUGAGAUCAAGCUGCCGGAUGUUGAAGGUAAACAAUUGGAAGGUACCGUUUCAGUCCCACAAGCACCGAAAGUUGAGGGUGACGUCAGGUUGAGCAAAGGGACAGGCAAUGUCGACGUGAGUCCUGUUUCUCCGAGCAAAUUCAAAUUGCCAUCCUUCAAAAUGCCAAGACUGGCAUUUUCACGAAACAAACCAGAGGGACAAAGUGUGUCACCUGACACAGAAUAUAAAGACAGUCGACCGGAGAUGAAAGCUGAACUGAGUGGAGAUGGAAAAUCACCGCAAGCCACUUCUGCAUCAUUUGGGGUUGUCCUUGAAAAUCUUGAUGUUGAAUUUGAGCUGCCAAAAUCAGAAAAGGGGGAAGGACACCCAGAAACCCCAAAGGAAGAAAUGGAAAGGAAGGACAAACAGACCAAGCAAGAAGCUACCAAAAGUCCGGAGCGGACGGGAUGGUUUAGGUUUCCAACAUUUGGGCUCUCCUCACCUUCAGAACCUGCCAAAACGCCCAUCAAAAAUGACGAGAAGGAUAAAAAGAGCCCAUUUGGGGAACGUGAAGAAGACAUGAGCCCGACUUGUUCUGCGAGGUCAUCAGACAUUUACGCUGACAUCAGCUCAACAGCGACAAGCGAGUAUCUCAGUUUGCACUCAUCUUCUCCAACCAAAGUGACAGUCAAAUACUCCAAUCAGAACUUACCGCCAGAUCUUGGAGAGAUGAACAUCCUGACUUCCACUGCCAUGUCCGAGCUGAUCACAAUCGAGCCAAACUUACCUGAGAAGAUCACUAUCCUGUCAUCUGAGGUCUUGUCUUCCUCUGAGGAGACUCUCCGAUUGGCGUCAGAGAAAAUACAUGUCGUUACAUCCAAGGUACAAGCAGACCCUGAAUCACACCGCGCCAAACCUCUGCCCACGGUUCAGUCGACAGGCGAGACCGGUCAGAUGUCGUCAUCGUGGACAGUGGAGAGUUCUCAAAGCAGCAGGAGGACGGUAUCACAGAAACGAAUCGUCCGUGAAACGUCGCGCGAAAGCACAGAAACCUUCGUGAUUACCAAACAGAUCACCAAAACGUUCGAACCCAGUGAGUUCUUCUCCAACGACGAGACGGCUUCAUCCAUUCAGCGUCUCCGAGAAUCGGUACACUCGGAGAAAAUGCGAUUUUUUGACGGUGCUGAGAAGUGAGGUGCUAGCUCAUCGAUGUUUAAUCGAGGACAGGUCGUAAUUAAACCUCUGGCUGCAUGUUGCCAAAUGAAAAAUGAAAAGAAAGAUGAACAAACAUUCUUGGCAGAGGAAAAAAAUGCAAUGAAAUUGUUAAUAAGCUAGCUAGGUGUCUCAUGACAGGGCUUCCGUAAAUAUGCUUACAUGUGGUCCAGAAAAUGUUUACUUGUAGCAUUUGUGCUCUAAAAUCAAAAGGGUCUGAAGGAUCAGGCUAUAGCAAAAUGAAUGUUUACGAUAGUUGUCAUUUAAAAGAACUUGUGUGUGUGCGUGUGUGUGUGCGUGUGUGUGUGUGAGAAUGUAACCGCUGAGGUGUUCUUGUUAAUGCAGUAAGGAAAGACUCGCUAAGAAAUGUAACAAUUCCGACAAAAAAAGUGUACUACUGUAACUAUAUUUUUAUUAAUAUUUCUGCUUGAACCUAAUUUGCUACAGUCCAUGCAUACAUAUAAAUAUAUUAUAUAUACACGCACACACUUACAUGCAUACAUAAUAGUUGUGUGUGUGUGUGUGUAUAUAUAUAUAUAUAUAUAUAUAUAUAUAUAUAUAUAUGCGUGAUGUGUGUGUGCUCGUGUGUAUCUGCAGCGCAUUCUCAGCCUGUGUGAAUAAUAAUAAAUCUGUCAGUGUAAAUAGCUUUUACUGACCUGUGGACUAUUCCACAUGCUUCAAUUCCAAUGUUUGCAAUAUGAAGAUGAAUAAAUACAUAUUAUUAGUCACAGCAA